AUGGAUCACGAAAAGUCAACCACUUGUUGCUGCGUUCUCGAUGCCUCCACUUAUGUGGGUUUUUGGAUUCUCAAGAAACUGCUUAGCAGAGGAUACUCUGUUCACGCUGCGAUUCGUACAAACGGAGAGAGUGAAAUCGAGGAGAAAAUCAGAGAGAUGGAAGCAACGGAGGAGAGACUAGUUGUGUACGAUGUAGAUGUCUUGGAUUAUCAAAGCAUACUUGUCUCUCUCAAGACAUGUAAUGCUGUCUUCUGCUGCUUAGAUAGCCCUGAAGGCUACGAUGAGAAAGAGGUGGAUUUGGAAGUGAGAGGAGCGAUCAAUGUGGUUGAGGCAUGUGGAAGAACAGAGAGCAUAGAUAAGAUUGUGUUCUCUUCUUCGCUAACAGCUUCGAUUUGGAGAGACAACAUUGGAACUCAGAAAGAUGUUGAUGAGAAGUGUUGGAGUGAUCAAGACUUCUGUCGCAGCAAGAAGUUGUGGCACGCAUUAGCAAAGAUGCUGUCGGAGAAAGCAGCUUGGGCACUAGCCAUGGACCGUAGGCUUAACAUGGUCUCUAUCAAUCCUGGUCUCGUCGUCGGACCAUCUGUCGCACAGCACAACCCAAGGCCCACCAUGUCUUACCUCAAAGGAGCUGCACAAAUGUAUGAGAAUGGUGUGCUGGCGUACGUAGACGUUAAGUUUCUUGCGGAUGUUCAUAUAAGAGCAUUCGAGGAUGUUUCAGCUUGCGGUAGAUAUUUCUGCUUUAACCAAAUCGUCAACACAGAAGAAGAAGCUCUCAAGCUUGUCUCGAGUUUGUCUCCUUUGAUACCUAUGCCACCGAGGUAUGAGAAUGAGAUGCAAGGAAGUGAAGUCUACGAAGAAAGAUUGAGGAACAAUAAAUUGAGCAAGCUGGUAGAAGCUGGCUCUGCUUGUUGA